AUUGUAUCUCAGCAGUUUACACCAAUCACAUCGAUGUAAAAUAUCAACUCGCUUUGUUAUCUUUCGACUGGCCGUUGAGAAGGGAUGAUAGUGGCCUGCGACCGGUAGCGAAACUAGUGUGGUAAGAUCGUGACUCCUGUCCCAUCCGGCUCACUGUCUUUGAGCAGCUGCUGAACGACAAACAUCUGCGUUUCUCUCCUUCUCAUCCGCCUUCGGUACUGAGUAUUGAUCAUUACUGACGUCACUGCGCAUAAAGUAUUGUACCAACUUUAUUUUUUGCGACACCGUCAUCGUGUCAUUAUCGAAGUCGUUUUAAUAUCAAGGAUUACUACGCAUAUUUGAAAGAUGUCUGAUCAAAGCCAAGAAGAAACAUCCCCGGAAGAUAGAUUCGACCUCACCCGUUCGAACUUCCGACCAGCAAUCUCGACAGUGGCUGACAUAAUCCAGGAACUACUGGACAGAGCGAGAGCUAAUGUAUUUAUGGCUAGACGGCUAGCUAGACCAUUUUCCACACGGGAAAACCGAACUGUGACUUGGCAGCUGUUAAGUAGAUUACGGAUGCGGAAUCGUGGCACCCGAAGUCCAGUUGGGGGGGUGAUUCCUUCGUCUGUGUGGGCCCAAGCAGCCUCAGACGACGAACUGCUAAGACACAAUAUAGUUCAGGAGGCGUUGAACCGAUCAUUGGUUGAAAUUCCCGAAAGCGAAUCAUCCUCACCAGAUGAGUCAAUUCCGGAAAAGCCUGAUCAGUCCCAAGCGCAACAGCAAACUAACAGGAGUCAACAUCAGGAUCACUACUCACCGCCCAACAGUUCAGCGGGUCCGUCAUCCUCACAUAUGAUGAUGCCGAAUCAACCGCAGCGUUUCACGACACCAGUGAAUCGCAACUCACCGCCGAUGCCCACACCAUCCGACCGUUCAGCGGGUCCGUCGUCCUCAGUGAUGGCGUUCCGGAAUCAACCAGAUUGUUUCACGACACCAGUGAAUCGCAACUCACCGCCGAUGCCCACACCAUCCGACCGUUCAGCGGGUCCGUCGUCCUCAGUGAUGGCGAUGCGGAAUCAACCGCGGCGUUUCACUAUACCAGUGAAUCGCAACUCACCGCCGAUGCCCACACCAUCCAACCGUUCAGCGGGUCCGUCAGCAUCACAGAUGAUGAUGCCGAAUCAACCGCGGCGUUUCGCGACACCGGUACUCACACCGUCCAAUAGUUCAGCGGGUCCGUCUGCAUCACAGAUGAUGAUGCCGAAUCAACCACGGCGUUUCGCGACAGCAGCGGAUCUCAACUCACCAUCGGUGCCCUCAACGUCCAACCGUUCAGCGAGUCCGUCAUCUUCAACGAUGGCGAUGCACAAUCAACCGCGGCGUUACCCGACAGCAGCGGAUCGUUUAGCCAAGCUGUAUCUUAGCCGUGGAAAUCGAUCCGAAGCCCAACAAGAGGUCUCCGCCUCGCCGCCUGGGGCUGUAAGUUUACGGUUGGAAGUGGAUCAACCGCAACGUUAUCCGACAGCAGCGGAUCGUUUAGCUAAGCUGUAUCUUAGCCGUGGAAAUCGAUCCGAAGCCCAACAAGAGGUCUCCGCCUCGCCGCCUAGGGCUGUGAGUUUACGUUUGGUAGUGGAUGAGGUGGAGUUGCAACAGCGGCGCAACAACGGCGGCGAAGUUACAGGCCACGAGGAGGAAAUGGCUGAUGGGGAACCGCCAGAGAACAACGGCGCGCUGUAAUGGCAAGGCAGAGUU